AUGUCAGUUUGCCAUCUCCUGAAGCUGAUCUCUCCGCCCGAGCGCAGCGGCCAGGGAAGCCCGGGGAGCCCCGGCAGCGCCGUGCAGCACAAAGGGCCCUACCUGAGCUUCUGCGACAGCGGGAAGCGCGGGCGGGCUCUGGAGCUGGAAGCAGAGCGGCCCGUCUCCUACGUGUCAAGCUAUGCGCCGGCUGACUCUCCCAGCGAGCAGGUUCCAAAACCUGGCCCCCCGGCCGCUGACUCCAAAGCCUCCUUCGAGGCACACGUCAGAGAAAAGUUUAACAGGAUGGUAGAGGCCGUGGACAAAACGAUCGAGAAACGAAUCGACAAGCUUACCAAAGAGCUGGCCCAGAAGACAGCGGAGCUACUGGAGGUGCGAGCAGCUUUUGUGCAGCUGUCCCAGAAGAAGCAGGAGGUGCAGCGACGGGAGCGGGCCCUGAGCAGGCAGGUGGACGUGGCAGUGGAGAUGAUCGCAGCCUUGAAGCAGCGCCUCACCGAGUCCGAGGAGGAGCUCCACCGCAAAGAGGAAGAGGUUGUUACUUUCAACCACUUCUUGGAAGAAGCAGCAGAAAAAGAAGUGCGAGGAAAAGCCAGGCUCCAGCACUUCAUUGAGAACCUGUUGCAGCGGGUGGAACUGGCAGAAAGGCAGCUAGAGUAUUACCAAAAUCAGCAGAUGGUGUGCAACCACACAAACAUCAGUGAGCAUGUGUUUACAGACAUUUCAUUAAAUAAGAAGCCCAGAUGCCUAAGCAGAGGAAGUCAACAAGCUUUGUAUAACAUCUCUGAUUCAAAGCCUCAUUCCUUUCAAAAAGGAAGAAUCUUGUUGAAAAAAGCAAAGGAUGAAAAAACCAGCUUGCAGCCAGUGAAAUGCUUCUAUGAACCUGUUGAUUGCCCAAGAGAAAUAUGGAGAGCACAAAAGAAGGGUGAAUCAGUUUGCUCUGCCAGGAAAGUGAGUUCAAAAUCCAAGACGGGGAAGAAGGCCAAACCACUGUAG